ACCCUGUUUCACAAUGGGCUGGGUAGUUUAUUUACUUGGAGGAAAUUAUUUUGUUUGCAGAGAAACGUAGGAUUUAAAAAUAAAAAAAGUGAUUCAAAAAGUGAUGUACAUAGAAAAAAAUAAUUAUAAGUUAAACUCUAAUUAAAUUAAUUCUACUGUUUUUAUGAAUAGAAAAUAGAAAAAAAUAGGUUCAACCAAAUAGUGCAUCAUAAUUAUAAUCACGGAACAAUGCUCAGUAGUUGGACUAAGCAUACACUUCACUGCUGCCUUUUAAUAACAGUAAUCGUAGUAUUUGAAUACGUAUCCGGAGGACUACGAUGGAAUGCCGAUGAGAAAGAUGAAUUAAAUCCAUGGAUUGAAUAUGGAUACUUUGGAGCGUCAUUCCUCUAUUUUCUUCGAAUAUUAACAUUCCUUUCGCUUCCGCAAGUUCUCUUUAAUUUUAUCGGUCUUUCCAUUUACAAUGCUUUCCCGGACAAAGUUGAACUUAAAGGUUCUCCUCUGCUUGCGCCAUUUAUAUGUAUAAGAGUAGUUACCCGUGGUGAUUAUCCACAAUUAGUGAAGACAAAUGUUAAUAGAAACAUGAAUAAAUGCAUUGAAGCGGGUUUGGAGAAUUUUCAAAUUGAAGUUGUAAGCGACAAGCCAAUUGGUUUACCGGCGCAUAGAAGAAUUCGCGAAGUUGUUGUACCUUUAAAUUAUACAACUUCAAGUGGUGCUCUUUUUAAGGCACGUGCUUUGCAAUAUUGCUUGGAGAAUCAUGUUAAUGAACUUGCUGAGAAUGAUUGGAUUGUUCAUUUGGAUGAGGAGACACUUUUGACGGAGAAUUCAAUUAGGGGAAUUCUUAAUUUUGUUUUGGAUGGAAAACAUCAUUUUGGACAAGGUUUAAUAACGUACGCGAAUGAAAAUGUUGUUAAUUGGAUUACGACAUUGGCUGAUAGUUUUCGUGUUGCUGAUGAUAUGGGAAAAUUGAGAUUGCAGUUUACUUUGUUCCAUAAGCCAUUGUUCAGUAUGAAAGGAUCUUAUGUCGUCACUCAAAUGUCUGCUGAAAGGCAAGUGUCCUUCGACAACGGGAUAAAUGGUUCAAUAUCAGAGGAUUGCUAUUUUGCCAUGAAGGCAUUCACUGAAGGUUAUACGUUUAAUUUCAUUGAAGGUGAAAUGUGGGAGAAAUCGCCAUUUACACUUUGGGAUUUUGUACAGCAACGAAAGAGAUGGCUACAGGGAAUAUUAUUAGUCGUUCACUCAGAAGCGAUUCCCUUAAAAAAGAAAUUAUUACUCGGCAUCUCUUGCUAUUCAUGGGUGACAAUGCCACUAUCAACAUCAAAUCUUGUCCUCGCUGGACUUUGUCCAAUUUCAUGUUCACCAAUAAUAGACUUUUUAUGCGCAUUCAUUGGUGCCGUUAAUAUUUACAUGUACAUAUUUGGUGUUGUAAAAUCAUUUUCCCUUUAUCGCUUUGGCUUCGCUAGAUUUCUUCUUUGCAUUUGCGGUGCACUCUCAACAAUACCAUUUAAUUUAAUUAUUGAGAAUGUUGCCGUUAUUUGGGGUCUCAUUGGAAAGAAACAUAAAUUUUAUGUUGUCAAAAAAGAAUUUAUGGUAUGAUGUAUCAAUGUUAAAUAUUCCCCCCUCUACACUGUACCUGUUCAUGUACAAAAUAUUGACAAACUCAUUUCUAGUGUGAAGCGCCAAAUUCAUUUAAUUGCUCUUUUUUUUCUUCAGUGUUCUAUGAACUUUGGUGUACAGUAAACAAAAAAUUUUUUUUAUUUUCAAUCUAUGUGAAUUGAAAUUACAAUUUCUUACAUAUUUUUAUGUAUCGGACAGUCAAUGUCAAAAAGUGAGCAUAAAUUGUCAAAAAAAAAGAAGAAAUUCAUUUCAUUUACGCUACAAAUACUGCAAUCUACCAAAUGGAAAAUAUUUUUUUUUAUUAUUAAGUCAUAGCAUUGAAAGUAUCGAGGUGAAGCUUCAAAAGACUAAUUGAAACAAGACUAAUCAAAAAGGCUACUUAAGAAAAAGUUUCAAUCGCCAAUACUUUGGUACUUUUAGUGUUAUAAGUAGAAAUAUAUUUAAUUAAAUCAAAGCUCGUUCUAUUGAAUUGUAAAACAUUUUACGGAUAUUUUUUGUCGAAAUGAAAUUUAGACCUAAAAGUGUCAGUAAAAAUUUACUUUUUUUUUUUUACUUAAAAGUCAACGUUGAAGAAAGAGUCAAAAAAGUGAAGAAAGAACAAAGAAAAAUUGGAAAAUAAAAUUACUUAUUUUGCACCAAAAUUGCACAUUAGUCAUAAAAAUUGUGUUUUUUGAAAUUUUUAGUGAAAUUGCACAAUGUAUGAAAAAUCUUUGAAAUUCAGUUUUAGUAAUAUUUGCAUAUCGAAAAAUUGAAAUUCGAAAACUUCCAUUUUUGAAUUUAAAAAUUUACAUUAUACUUCACUGAAGUGUAUAAAAAUCGAAAUAUAAUAUUUUUUAAACACUUUAAAAAUUAGUAAUUGAAAUUUAGUAAUAAAAUUAAAUUGAAGAAAAAAUUUGGUAGACGAGAGAGAAUAUUGCCAAAUUUGAAUCGAAUUCAAAAAAUAAGGGGAAAAAAAACACCAUGAAAUUCGACUUUCAGCGUUUGUUUAGUAAAGUCGACAUUUUUAAAAUAUUGAAUCGAUUUUUGCACAUAUGCUUAACUUUUAUUGAAGUUAAUGAAAAAAUAUUACCUUCCUUUAUGAAUACCUAUUAAUAGCGCUUAUUAAAAUAUAAAUUAUAAAAUUUACGAAUGACUGUACAUAUAAUAUAAAUAUUUUUUUUUUUAAAUUUGUAAUUUAAGAUUGUUUUUCAAUCUUAAAAAUGUAUGUAAUUUAAAUAGUAUGCAGUAUUACAAGGGAGAGAAAGAGAGAGAGAGAGAAAGCUUUCAAUUUUUGUACAAUGAGAAUACAAAAAAAUGAAAUUCUUUUUUGUUCAGAAAAAGAUGAAAAAAUUGACAAAAAAAAACGUGAAAUUGAAAAAUUAAAUCUGAAGUAAAAGUACAAAUAUCUAUUUGUUAUUCUUAUUGUACAUAAAUAAUAAUUUUUAUGUUAAGUAUGAAAGUCUGCAUGUUUUUUCUUUUUUAAAAAAUAAAAAUCGUAACAACCAAAAAUGUGAAAUUUGCAACAACAAAAAUAUUUAGAAAACACGUCGAACUUUAUGUAUAGAACUGAAAUUUCUUGUUAAUUAUUUAAGUUCAAUUUAGAAAAACAUUUUAGGUGAACAAAAAAAAUUUUAUUGACAAGUCAUAUUUGUGAUAUAUUAACAAUAAAAAAAUCUUACAACAGUA